AUGGCUGCAACCGAGAUAAAUCUGUCACCAGUACGGAAAGAAGAGGAGAUUGCAGCCUCUGGUAACGGCGCCUAUCCACAAUUUGACGCUCCUGGGUGUCCGUAUAUUUACGCGGGGAACGAAUCAGAAGAUUCUUACGAUUAUGAAGCUGCUGUGAAGAUAAGCAUUGGGCACGGAGAAGAGUCUUCGUCAUUUGCCUACUACAAAGCAAACGCUUACAAGGAGCCCGUAGAAGUAGACAUUGGCCACAAGGUAAAAUCUUCCCCCUAUGGAUACCACAGACCAGAGGAUGUGUACGGACACGACAAGCCUGAAGAGGUACGCAUGGGGCAUCACGACCUCGAUACAACACGAAAUGGUCGCAGCUACAAAGAACAGGAGGAAGGGUCUUCCUCACUCGUCAACAACAAACCAGAAGAUGUUAAUGUUCAUGUUUACAAGAAUCCUGUAGAAGUCAGCAUUGGGCACGGGGGAUGGGCUUCUUCACAUGCCUACAACAUUCCAGAGGAUGUGAGUGAAGAACCCGAGGAAGUGAGCACGGCGCAACAAGAAAAAUCUUUCUCGCCUGACGACCAACCGGAUGAUGAGAACGAAGACAAAGAUUCUGAGAAUGGCUACAAGACUAAAGAAAUGGCGGUAGUCGAAGGGAAUCAGUCACCAGGGCUCAAAGAAGAGGAGAGUGCAGCCUCUGGUAACGGCGCCUAUCCACAAUUUGACGCUCCUGGGUGUCCGUAUAUUUACGCGGGAAACGAAUCAGAAGAUUAUUACGAUUAUGAAGCUGCUGUGAAGAUAAGCAUUGGGCACGGAGAAGAGUCUUCGUCAUUUGCCUACUACAGGGCAAACGCUUACAAGGAGCCCGUAGAAGUAGACAUUGGCCACAAGGUAAAAUCUUCCCCCUAUGGCUACCACAGACCAGAGGAUGUGUACGGACACGACAAGCCUGAAGAUGUACACAUGUGGAACCACGACCUCGAUACAACAAGGUACAAAGAGAAAGAUGUAUGGUCUUCCUCACUUGUCAACAACAAACCAGAAGAUGUUCAUGUUCAUGUUUACAAGAAUCCUGUAGAAGUCAGCAUUGGGCACAGGGGAGGGUGUUCGUCUCAUACCUACAACAUACCAGAAGAUGUGGAUGAAGAUAAAGAACCAGAGGAAGUGAGCACGGGGCACCAUGAAGAAUCUUUCUCGCCUGACGACCUACCUGAGGAUGACCACGGAGACAAAGAUUCUGAGGAUGUCAGCUUUGCUUACAAGACUAAAGGAACGAAGGAAGCACCAGAGUUAAAGAGCCAAGAUGACGUGGCGAUCGGGAUGACGUCACACACUCCGGACCCGUGGUUGACAGCAUUCUACCAGGAAACCAGUUCGGCCGCCAACAAUUCCACUCUGUCUUCUUCUCCGUUUACAAACACCGACAAACCUCUGUCGUACACAGGCGUGUUCUGCCAAGACGCCAUCCGGCUGGACAUGCCUGAGUCCGUGAACACGGUGCAGAACGCCCCGGUCACCCUCCCGGCCAGAUACACCUCCAAACACAACCUGCUCUCCCUCGUCUGGAGUAAGAUCUCCCACAACUCGCAGAAGCGCACCAUGAUAUUCUCCUACUACCCCGGGGUGGGCGGACGAUCCUAUGGCGAGUACGAGGGGAGGGCAGAGUUGGUGGGAAAGGCGUCCCUCCAACUGGACCGUACCACUAGUGAAGAUGAAGGGGAGUACGUUCUGGAGAUCACGUUUGAUGAAAUCGGAAGGGAGGAGGGAUUCGUGCGACUCAACGUCAUGGUCCCCCCUGUUGUACAAGUGGGUCCGUCCGAUCCCUACGUCACCACCAUGGGCAGGACGGCGACUCUGACAUGCGCAGUGAGGGACGCCAAGCCGAACGUCACGGCGCUGCACUGGGAACGAGACGGGGUCAAACUGGACAGCGCGAGGUCACGCACCAAAUAUGGCGGCGGGAACGUGGACGUUCCCACUCUGCACGUCAGGGGGGUGACCAGGGCUGACGCAGGGCUCUACACAUGCGUCGUUAGUCACGUGGUCAGCCCAGCUGCCGCCAGCCUCAAACUCAUCGUGCUAUACCGAGCGUCCAUAAUCCGCAUCUCCGACUCGCAGGAGGCCCAGCUGAAGGACCGCGUGACGUUAGAGUGCAUCGCUGACGGCGACCCCGCUCCCAACGUCACCUGGAGCAAAGAUGGCGUCCGGCUGGCCUCCAGGACGCACGCGCUGUCAGGUGACGUCAGGUCAGGCACGGUGACCCUGGGCAGCCUGACGGUUAACGACACGGGCACGUACCUGUGCACGGCGUCUAACGGUGUGGGGGAGGCGCACACUAAAACUACUCACCUCGCUGUUACCGGCAGGACAGAACGUCGCCGUGGCAUGAACUCGGCCAGUUUCGCCAUCAUAGUGGGCGCUGUUGCCGGUGGGCUGUGGCUGGUCUUCACGCUGGGGCUGGCCGUCUACUUCGGCAGGAAGAGGAGGGAGAAGGAGAAGAAGAAAAAAUACGCCUUCUACUACAACAUGGGCAAGCACGAGGCGCCCACUUUGGAACUGCCUGAGAAGUCCCUGAAGCCGAGUGCAGCUUAUGCUGGGAUCGAGACAAUGAGAAGAACAGCGAGGCAACGAGCUGGUAAGCGCUACGCACGCGCACUGUACCCCUUCAUGCCGACUGAGGAGAACGAGUUGGCUCUUGAAGUGGAUGACGUCAUCGAGGUGCUGGAGGGGGAAGAUGGCGGCUGGUGUCUGGGGUUCUUACGGGGCAGGAUAGGCCUGUUCCCCUCCAACUACGUCAAGUUUCUCUCAGCAUCAGAAGUCCCCGAUGACCUCUACCAAUACGCUGGGGACGACGGGAAAUUAUACAGUCAGCAGCUGCAGGUUAAAGGUGACGACCGGCCGGCCACACCCAGGAAGACGGGCGGGGACAAGGCACAGUUAAGGGAGAUCGAGUGCAUAGAGAUCUAGACAAUACAAGCGGAAAUCUAUGGCGAGGAAAUUGUUCGCUUGCUUCCGGA